AUGUCCGACGCUUCCAGCCAAGAAGCUUCUGAAGAGUCGACCGAUGAGAGCUCAGUGUCUAGGUAUUUCAUUGUCGGACGCAUUUUCAACAGUCACCGCACGCGUGACAUGUUCAACAGCCUCCCCCUCAUGCGUGACAGCAACGUCAAACUGCUCGUCCGUCAGCUGGUCGUACGAGGGCGAAGCGCCAACAACGUCGUCGAGUACAGCUUCAUCGAGCGCCUCCUCCGGGGUCACGACGACGAUUGGCUGCGGAGAAAAUGUUCCCUGGAUGCGGCGACGCUGAUCAGCAUCGCCGGCGUCAACAACGAGCUGCGAGACCGCGUCGAGCAGGCCCCGAAGCGAUGGGAGUCGGCUGAAGCUGUGCAUGCCGGUUACGUCAUCGACUACGACUACUGCGCCUCAGACGAUGCCCGAAUGUUGCUGCACAACGCGGUGGUGGCUGACCUGGAUGAGGGCUACAUUGCCAACAUGCCCGACAGGCGCGGGCUGCAGCACCUGCCCAACGAGUUGCUGCGCAUCAUCGCCGAUCAGCUCGAUAUCAGGGAUUUCCGUGUGGCGGCCAACGCUUUGCCGAGGUUCCGACGCGUUAGCGUAUGGGCCAAGCAGCAGCCGGAUGGGAGCGAGAAGACCGUCAUCCACAUCGACGGCCAGCGAUAUAAUGACGACCUGACGGCCUUCCUCAUCAACCGAGCCACCACCGUGUACACGAUCAUGCUCGACAGGACCAUCACAGAAUUGCCCGCGUUCGUCACGCGGUUUCCGAAAUGCCACGAAUUCGAUUUUUACCUAGAUGAAGACGUUGAAGAUCCGACGUGGCCCGGCCUAGUCGAUUUUUUGAAGCGACAGCGCAUGGCCAAUCUGACCAUCAACAGCCCAUGUCUGCGUGCUGAACCCCUCUGGGCUGAUGUCCUUCGAAGCGGCGGAUGGACGAAUAAACGUCUGGCCGGCUGGAAAUCUGCCACUAUUCACAACGUUACCGCCGAUGAUUUGCGCCUGCUCACCCGAUUCAACGGAACUACCCUCCGCAUCAUCUGGUGUCCUCAUAACCCGCCCGACGAAAAUCUUGCCCUUUGGGAUUACAUUAACAAUAUGGCCGAUCGACGCCUCAAAAUUGGGCAAGGAAUUACGGUACAUUUCAACCAAGGGGCGAUGCCCAAUAUGUCGAGCCCAACCAUCCUUUUCGCCGGGAAGACGUUGAGCGCCGAAGGAAGGGGUUACUCGUUGCGUUACGUGCUGCGAGACGGGAUCUUGCCCUACACAAUCAUAGCUCAAUACGACACCCUGCGCCUGAGAAGCGUGGAGCCCCGGACUGACGGCCAGCCGCACCCGAACCCGCGUACCUAUAGCUUA